UACAACCGGCCACUCUUAAAAAAACGUAAACAUAUGUGGAAUUUGUUGCAGCUCUAGUCAAUAAUAAGAAACAAUUAUGUGGGAGCCGCCGCGACUGAGUGCAUCCUUGCGGACCAAGACGGAGCUGGAGGCCCGGAGCCGGCGUUUCAGCAUCCUGCGCCAGGCGCGAACCGCCUCUGCCACGUCCACGACGACAAACAGCCAGGACAAGGAGGAGCAGACCAUCGCCCGCCUUCUGGCCCAGAUUCCACCCGGAAAGCAGCCCGCCGCCAAAGUGCAGCUGCAGAAGCUGCGCAACCUGGUGCAGGAGUGCAUGGGCUACGAGGAGCAGCCACAGGUGGUGGAACACGCCGCCCUCUAUCUCUUCUGGCUGCUCCUCGAGCAGCGGGUGCUCCUGGUGGCCACCACCCAGCGGCUGCACGGUAUGUUCGGCCACAUCUUCGACCGCAAGAAAACGCAGAUCCACGACUGCGUCCUGGCUAUCGGUGAUUUGCUGGAGGAGCACGAGCGGGCCGGGCUCAAGCGAUGGCAGCAAACGCAGCGCAAGGCGCCCGGAGUGGGCCCGCUGUGGGGUGCCCACAUCCACGUCAAGUGCACGCCCGCCGAAUGGAUGGACAUCAGCCUGUUGACGGAUCUGGCGCCGGACGCCCUCCUCAAGAACCGCACCGUCAACAAGUUCUCCAUGAAGUACAAAACCAAGACCGAACCCGAGGCAUCCAAGCGCCCGGACGCCGAAAAGCUGAGUCCGGAGCUGCAGACCCUGCUGGGAAUCUCCGAGAAGCUGGACGACGAGCACCUUCUGAGCCGCGUAGGCGACAUCCUGGGCUCCAAACGCAGCAAUGAAGAGCUGCAGAACGAACUUAUGGAACUCCUGGGCUUCGAUUACUUUGAGCUGGUGGGAAAGCUGCUCCAGGAGCGGGACAAAAUCGCCCGGCAGUUGGAUCAGUUUGCCACCCGAUCUAGGCGCGUCAAGGAAGUGAAACAGAAACGCAGUCAGACGGCGGCCAGUGGAGGUGCAGCAGAGCGUCGUCCCACUGUGGCCAGCGCCGUGGUGGUUCAGUCGGCCCAAGAGAAGCAACUAGGCAAGAUGCAGCGUCGGGAGGAGAAGAAGCUGCAGCGUAUCAUGCGUAGCAUCAAGGACGAGGAGCCGGAGGACGAUCCAAACUGUGCGGUAGCCGUUUCAGUCCAACAACUGCGCAUGCAGCACCAGCGAAAGCUUCUGGAGGCCGCCCAGCGGGAGCCACUGCUGCUCAGCACAAAGGCGGCCAAGGCGGAUUACAAACAGGCCUCGUACAACCAGCCCAUCCACUACCCCUAUGUGUUCGACAGCCAGCUGUUAGCCAAACAGCACGCCGGCUUUAUCGGAGGCAGUAGGAUUACCCUGCCUGACAACGCCCAGCGUGUAGACAGCAAACAGUGGGAGGAGGUCAAGAUACCGGCUAGCGAGCCACCGCCACUCACAGUCGGCAACAAGCGCAUCAAAAUCGAAGAACUGGACGACGUAGGAAGACUGGCUUUUGCCAACUGCAAGGAACUGAAUCGUAUCCAGUCCGUCGUCUAUCCGGUGGCCUACCACAGCAACGAGAACAUGCUGGUGUGUGCGCCCACGGGAGCCGGAAAAACCAAUGUGGCCAUGUUAUCCAUUGUGCACACGAUUCGUUGUCAUCUGGAGCAGGGAGUCAUCAACCGGGACGAGUUCAAGAUCGUCUACAUAGCACCAAUGAAGGCGUUGGCCUCGGAAAUGGUUGAUAACUUCUCAAAACGACUGAAAUCUCUGCAAAUCGUUGUGCGAGAACUGACGGGGGACAUGCAGCUGACCAAGGCGGAGAUGGCAGCCACGCAGAUACUGGUCACAACGCCGGAGAAGUGGGAUGUGGUCACCAGGAAGGGCAGCGGCGAUGUGGCUUUGAUAAGCCUGGUCAAGUUACUAAUCAUUGAUGAGGUGCAUCUCUUGCAUGGCGAGCGAGGUCCAGUGGUGGAGGCACUGGUGGCCCGCACCCUUCGACUCGUUGAGUCCUCGCAAUCGAUGAUCCGCAUUGUGGGCUUAUCCGCUACCCUGCCAAAUUACAUCGAUGUGGCCCACUUCCUGCGAGUGAAUCCUAUGAAGGGUCUCUUCUAUUUCGACUCCCGUUUCCGUCCUGUUCCACUGGACACCAACUUCGUGGGCAUCAAGUCGGUAAAACCACUGCAGCAGAUCGCCGACAUGGACCAAUGCUGCUAUCAGAAGUGCGUUGACAUGGUGGCGCAGGGCCAUCAAGUUAUGGUCUUUGUCCAUGCCCGAAAUGCCACGGUGCGGACAGCAAAUGUGAUUCGCGAACUGGCCCAGCAAAACAAUACAAGUGCGCUGUUUCUGCCCAACGACUCCAAUGCCCACGGCCUGGCCAUGCGUUCGAUUCAGAGGAGCCGCAACAAGCAACUGGUUGACCUAUUCUCGUGCGGCCUAGCCAUGCACCAUGCCGGAAUGCUGCGCGCCGAUCGUCAGAUGGUUGAGAAGUACUUCGUCGAGGGUCACAUCUCGGUGCUGGUCUGCACGGCCACCCUCGCCUGGGGUGUCAAUCUGCCGGCCCACGCUGUCAUUAUCCGAGGUACGGAUAUAUACGAUGCUAAGCAUGGCAGUUUUGUGGACUUGGGCAUACUUGAUGUGCUGCAGAUCUUUGGUCGCGCCGGUCGCCCCCAGUUCGACAAGAGUGGAGUGGGUACCAUCAUCACCAGCUACGACAAGCUGAAUCACUACCUGUCACUGCUGACCAAUCAAUUCCCCAUCGAGUCCAACUUUGUGAAUUGCUUGGCUGACAAUCUCAAUGCUGAAAUCGGUCUGGGCACAAUUACCAAUGUGGAAGAAGCUAUCGAGUGGCUCAGUUACACUUACCUGUUUGUGCGAAUGCGAAUAAAUCCUCAUGUAUACGGAAUCGAAUAUUCUGAGCUGCAAAAGGACCCUACGCUGGAGGCACGCCGCCGAGCUCUUAUCAUGACCGCAUCGAUGAGUCUGGACAAAGCUCGGAUGAUGCGCUUUAACCAACGCACCAUGGACAUGAACAUAACCGACUUGGGUCGUACUGCCUCGCAUUUUUACAUAAAGUAUGACACUGUGGAGACCUUCAACGAGUUAAUGAAGCCAUUUAUGAACGAGGCAGAGAUUUUGGCCAUGAUUUCUCAGGCCCAGGAGUUCCAGCAGCUUAAAGUGCGUGAUGACGAGAUGGAGGAACUGGACGAGCUAAGAAGCUACUAUUGUAAAAUAAAACCCUACGGAGGCAGUGAGAAUAUCCACGGCAAGGUAAACAUCCUUAUUCAGACAUAUCUCUCCAAUGGUUAUGUGAAGUCCUUUUCACUGAGCUCCGACAUGUCCUACAUUACCACAAAUAUAGGAAGAAUUACCAGGGCUUUGUUCUCCAUUGUACUGCGGCAAAAUAACGCUGUGCUGGCAGGACGCAUGUUGCAGCUCUGCAAGAUGUUUGAACGACGGCAAUGGGAUCUCGAUAGCCACCUGAGACAGUUUCCCGCCAUUAACGCUGAGACCAUUGACAAACUGGAACGACGGGGUCUGAGUGUCUAUCGGUUGAGGGACAUGGAGCAGCGGGAACUGAAGGAGUGGUUGCGCAGCGAUCGCUAUGCCGAACUGGUUAUCCGCUCGGCACAGGAGCUGCCGAUGUUGGAGGUGGAAGCGAGUCUGCAGCCCAUCACGCGAACGGUGCUGCGUAUCAAGGUGGACAUCUGGCCCAGCUUCACGUGGAACGACCGUGUUCACGGAAAGACUAGUCAGAGCUUCUGGUUGUGGAUUGAAGAUCCCGAGUCCAACUACAUUUACCACUCGGAACUGUUCCAGGUAAGCCGAAAACUGGUGAUGAGCGGCCAGUCGCAGCAGCUGGUCAUGACCAUUCCGCUAAAGGAGCCACUGCCGCCACAAUACUACAUACGAGUGAGCAGCGACAGCUGGCUGGGCAGCACUACAUGCAUUCCAUUGUCCUUCCAACACCUGGUGCUGCCGGAGCACCACCCGCCUUUGACGGAGCUUCUGCCCCUCCGUCCACUGCCAGUCAGCUGCCUCAAGAACGUCCUCUACGAAUCCCUCUACAAAUACCACUUCAAUCCCAUCCAAACGCAAAUCUUCCACUGCCUGUACCACACCGACAACAACGUGCUUCUGGGAGCUCCCACCGGCAGUGGCAAAACCAUUGUGGCGGAGAUAGCGAUCUUCAGGGCACUGAACCAAAACCCAAAGUGUAAAGUGGUGUACAUUGCUCCGUUAAAGGCGUUGGUGAAGGAGCGCAUCUCGGAUUGGGAACAACGUUUUCAGCGCUCCUCGUUGGGGCUGAAAGUGGUUGAGUUGACGGGCGACGUCACGCCCGACAUCCAGGCCAUCCGAGAGUCGCAGCUAAUCGUGACCACGCCAGAGAAGUGGGACGGCAUAAGUCGAUCCUGGCAGACACGCGAGUAUGUGCAGCAUGUGUCCCUGAUCGUCAUCGAUGAGAUCCACCUGCUGGGCGAGGAUCGAGGACCGGUCAUCGAGGUGAUUGUUUCGCGCACAAAUUUCAUCAGCUCACACACAGGACGGGCUAUACAUGUCGGAUUGUCCACAGCUCUGGCCAACGCCCAGGAUCUGGCCAACUGGCUGGGCAUCACCAAGAUGGGAUUGUACAAUUUCAAACCUUCGGUGCGUCCAGUACCACUGCAAGUGCACAUCAACGGUUUCCCGGGAAAACACUACUGUCCCCGCAUGGCCACCAUGAACCGGCCCACGUUCCAGGCUAUUCGCACCUACUCUCCGUGCGAACCGACCAUCGUGUUCGUUUCCUCGCGUCGACAGACGCGUCUCACGGCCCUUGACCUGAUUACCUUCGUGGCUGGCGACGCCAAUCCCAAGCAGUUCCUGCACACAGAAAAUGAAAUGGAGCUGAUUCUGCAGAACAUUCGUGAUCAGACUAAAUUCUGUCUGGCCUUCGGUAUUGGUCUGCAUCAUGCUGGUCUCCAGGAGCAGGGCAAGUGUGUGGAAGAGCUGUUCCUCAACCGAAAGAUCCAGGUGCUGGUGGCCACCGCCACGCUGGCGUGGGGCGUAAACUUGCCCGCCCAUCUGGUGGUGAUUAAGGGCACCGAGUACUUUGACGGCAAGGUGAAGAAGUACGUGGAUAUGCCCAUCACGGAUGUGCUGCAGAUGAUGGGCCGAGCUGGGCGGCCGCAGUUUGACAACGAAGGUGUGGCCGUCGCUGUGCACGACGAAAAGAAGAACUUCUACAAGAAAUUCCUGUACGAUCCAUUCCUGGAGUCCAGUCUGCUGGGUGUGCUGGCGGAGCACAUUAACGCCGAGAUCGUUGCCGGAACUGCAUCAAAGCAGGCAGCCCUAGACUACCUAACGUGGACUUACUUCUUCAGGCGGCUACUCCGGAAUCCUUCGUACUACCAGCUGGAGGGCGUGAGCGAGAAUGUGAACGCCUUCAUGUCCAACCUGGUGGAGCGCGUCGUGUAUGACCUUUCCGCCGCCGCCUGUCUGGUGGAGCGCGAUGGAUGUCUGGUGCCAACCUUCUUGGGGCGAAUCAGUUCCUACUACUACCUGUCGUACCGCACAAUGAAGCACUUUCUGGAGGAUUUGCAGCCUGGCAUGAGCACGAAGGAAGUUCUCUUGGCCAUUGCAGAUUCCUACGAAUUCGAUCAGCAACCUGUCCGCACAACGAGAUAAGUACAACGACAGAUGGCUGAAACUAGUCGCUUUAGGCCUCCAUCCGCCUCCUGGGACUCGCCGUACACAAAGACGUUUGCUCUCCAGGCUCACUUCACCCGCCAGUCUCUGCCGAAUUCGGAUUACCUAACGGACACGAAGUCGGCGCUGGACAACGCCACUCGAGUGAUGCAAGCCAUGGUGGACUACACCGCGGAACGGGGAUGGCUCUCCACCACUUUGGUGGUGCAGCAGCUGAUGCAGAGCGUCAUUCAGGCGCGCUGGUUCGACGGCAGCGAGUUCCUAACAUUGCCAGGAGUUAACGAGGACAUCGAUGCCUUUUUGAACAUACCACACGACGACCACGACUAUUUAACUUUGCCCGUGCUGAAGGAGCUGUGCAGAAAAGAGUACGAAGUACUGGCCAAGCCUCUGCGAGAUGCCUUCGAGGAGCAGGAAAUUGAGCAGAUGUAUAAGGUAAUCCAAGACUUGCCCGAGAUAGCAUUGCAAAUAUCCGUGGAGGGUCGCUAUAUGGAGGACGAGUAUGCCAAACGGCCGUUGUCUCUUUUUGGUGACACAAAGGGCGAAUGGAUGGCCUUGCAUGCCAAUGAGGACUACGUCCUCACGAUAAAUCUUCAGCUUAAUGCCAGUGGACAGCGAAGAGCGGGAGGACAAGGUGGUUACACGGUUCACUGCCCAAAAUAUCCUAAGCAAAACGAAGCCUGGUUCCUGACCCUGGGCUCCCAGGCUAAUGACGAGCUCCUGGCCAUGAAGCGGUUAUCCAUUCGCGGGCAGCGCUGCACCAACCGCAUUUCGUUCCAGGCAACUCCGCGACGUGGCCGUCUGCAGCUCACGUUAUAUUUGAUGUCCGACUGCCUAAUGGGUUUCGACCAGCAGUAUGACCUGCGGUUUGAGAUUGUUGAUGCAAAAGAGGUUUAAGUGAAGCCUUAGAAAGUAAAACUAAGACGAAUAUCGUAGCAUUCUGUAGAUUGAGGCUUAACUUUUAGUAAAUGGAACAUUUUUCACAAUCACUGUUUGCAUACCUAAGUUUGUAGUCAAACUGAACUUGCGUAUUUAUUGUGUGAUCCUCCAAGACAUGUAUAACAUUUUUAUCAUUAGUCACUUGCUUCGACACGAAGCUCAUUUGUUAACCGAACCAUGUAGAAC